AUGCUUGGUCUCGUAUGCAAGCACUGGUCUGAAGCGAUCAGACCUAUUCUCUUCCAUACACUCGAGUUGCGCGACGCCGAAGACGUACGAUUCCUCAAGAACAUCACCAACAGUCCCAGAAUUACAGCUUCAUGUCUGUCCAAGUCCUUUAAACAGAUAUUUAUCCGUCAAGAAGCUACAGGGGGAAAGCCCUGGCUUCACCAUGUCCAUGGACUUUCAACCCGACUCCGGGAGACAAGAUUCGAGUGUAGCGUCGUGAACCGUUCGGGCAAUUUGGUAUCAACGGCAGGCUGUUGGGCCCUAUUUGAGUUGGUACCCAUCGUCACUCCAUCCUAUGUCCGGCUUUCCAUUCUCACUCUUGACAAUGUCGUAUUCAUGAGCAAGACCGAGCUCGCACGGCUCAUCGACAAUUUCCCCACCCUCUCUGAAUGUCAUUGCUGGCGACUUGCCUUCCUAGACCCGUCGCCGGUCGUCCAGUCACGUAGAACUCAGCGACGUGCUCUGCCAACUCUCCACUCCCUGGGCUGUAAGAUACAGCAUUAUCUUGACGACCGUACAUGGGAUGCCACCCUUCAAGGCCUGCUUGCGCUGAUGCCAAACAGACCUGGAAGGGCGAGUGUGCGUCUUGAUGAUCGGAACGGCAAUAUGUUUGAUGCGGUGUCAAUUGGUUGCGCUUCAUUCGGCCCAGGUCGGUACUCUGUGUGCAACUACAUCUAUAUUCAAGUCAAGGUUUGCCGACUAAGUGCAAGCCAAGGUGCAAGUCCACCACUGGCGCAUGUCGAGAGCAUCACUCUCGAUCUCUCAUAUAAUGAUGCCGAAGUUGUGCACACCCUUCCAUUGGACGCCUUGCGAGACGUAAUUAACUCCCCAUAUGCGCGCUCCCUUUGCAUCAACUUUGCCGAGCCGGGAUAUGAAGGAUUCAAGGUCAUGAAGGGGAUCUUGUGCUCCGUCUUGCGCCGCAUGCAGCUGACCUGGGCCCUCGAAUCAGGAAAACUCCGGUUCUGGGAUCGAUAUCGCGAUCGUGAUCCCAUCACGAGUGCGGACAUUCUGUCUGCAUCGAAAGAGCACACUAUCGACGGCACGAUGAUCACUCUCGACAUCAAUGAACAAGCCGAGUGGUUACUACGCCCGGUUCGCUUUCCCAUUCAUGAAUUCACAAAGGAGCAAUACCUACGAAAGCUCGUAAGGACUCGCACAGGUGGAGUGUUCACGGACACGUCCCACAGCCUCUGGGACAGCAUUGUCCGCAGCAGAUAG